CUCACGUAGGCGCUCACGUGUGGCGGGGCGGUUUCCGGAAGCGCUCGGUGGGGCCGGGCGGGCGGGAUGGAGGUGACCAGGAGCAAUUUUAAGGAUAACCUAACCAAAGUGUACGAAGCCAUUGAAGAGUCGGACUUCCUGGCAAUUGACGGGGAGUUUUCAGGGAUCAGCGACGGGCCUUCUGUUAGUGCAUUAACCAAUGGCUUUGACACUCCAGAAGAGAGGUAUCAGAAGCUUAAAAAGCAUUCCAUGGAUUUUUUGCUCUUUCAGUUUGGCCUUUGCACUUUUAAAUAUGAUCACACAGAAGAAAAGUAUAUAAUGAAGUCAUUUAACUUCUAUAUUUUCCCAAAACCCUUUAACAGAAGUUCACCAGAUGUCAAGUUUGUCUGUCAGAGUUCAAGUAUAGAUUUUUUAGCAAACCAAGGAUUUGAUUUUAAUAAAGUUUUUCGCACUGGAAUUCCGUAUUUAAAUCAGGAGGAGGAAAAACAGCUAAGGGAACAGCUCGAUGAGAAACGUUCUCAGGCCAAUGGCGCAGGAUCUCUGUCAUACGUUUCUCCUAAUGCCACAAAGUGUCCUGUAACAAUUCCUGAAGAUCAGAAGAAAUUCAUUGAGAAAGUUGUGGAACAGAUUGAAGACUUAUUAAAGAAUGAAGAAAAUGAAAGUUUGGAACUGGAACCAUGUACAGGAUUUCAGAGGAAAUUAAUUUAUCAGACGCUGAGCUGGAAAUAUCCAAAAGGUAUCCACGUUGAAACUCUGGAGUCAGAUAAGAAGGAGAGAUACAUUGUUAUUAGCAAAGUAAAUGAAGAAGAACGAAAAAGAAGAGAACAGCAGAAACAAGAAAAAGAACAGGAAGAAUUGAAUGAUGCAGUAGGGUUUUCCAGAGUCAUUCAUGCCAUUGCUAAUUCUGGCAAGCUUGUUAUUGGGCACAACAUGCUCCUGGAUGUUAUGCAUACCAUACACCAGUUCUAUUGUCCCCUACCUGAUGACCUCAGUGAGUUCAAGGAACUAACAUCAUGUGUCUUUCCCCGGCUGUUGGAUACCAAACUGAUGGCAAGUACGCAACCUUUUAAGGAGAUCAUUAAUAAUACAUCCCUUGCAGAACUGGAAAAGCGUUUAAAAGAGGUUCCAUUCAGCCCUCCUAAAGUUGAAAGCGCAGAGGGGUUUCCAAGUUACGACACAGCUUCCGAACAGCUUCACGAAGCAGGAUACGAUGCUUACAUUACCGGGCUGUGCUUCAUCUCCAUGGCGAAUUUCCUGGGUUCAUUCCUCAGUCCACCGAAAAGCCACGUGUCUGCUAGAUCGGAACUCAUUGAGCCUUUUUUUAACAAGCUAUUUCUUAUGAGAGUAAUGGACAUACCGUACCUCAAUUUGGAAGGACCAGACUUGCAGCCGAAACGAGAUCAUGUUCUUCAUGUUACUUUCCCCAAAGAGUGGAAGACUAGUGACCUUUACCAGCUUUUCAGUGCCUUUGGUAACAUUCAGGUUUCGUGGAUCGAUGACACAUCAGCAUUUGUAUCGUUGAGCCAGCCAGAACAAGUACAAAUAGCUGUAAACACCAGCAGAUAUGCUGAGAGUUAUAGGAUCCAGACGUAUGCAGAAUAUGUUGAGAAAAAGCAUGAAGAAAAACAGGCAAAGAGAAAAUGUACAGAAGAUAGUUGGAAGGAGAUGGAGAGAAAGCGAUUAAAAACUCAGUGCACACCGUACCUUUCCCAGAGCCGAUACUACUGUGUUAACAGUUUUACAGCUACCAGUACAGUGGGAAAGAGAAGCAUGAGUCCCAUUCAGGAAGAAACAGGUGAUGAUAUGGAAGAAGGAGAAGGCCAAGACCCGGAAUAUGACCAGCCAGACUCCUGUGCAGAGUCCCUUCCAGACUGUAAGAAGAGAGCCAAAAAGUUCAAGAAGAUGAAGACAGAACAGGUUCCAGCAGGAAGCCUCACAAGCAGUUCCACUGGAAUUUUUGAAGUCCCUGAAACAUGGUAGGAGACAACUGCCUUAACAAGUGGAAUGGAUUGAAAGCAGUUGCCAGAACAGCCCUCUUGGAAGCCAUACUUUAUUUAAAUAAAGUGGUGUUAACAAAGCAGUAUGUGUCCUGAAAAUCAGUUUAAUUAUUUUAAACUGUUUAUUGAACAAUCACUGUCAAUUUUACUUGUGUGUAUAUUAACCAGUCUAUGAUUCGUUGUUGAUCAUGUGAAGUCCUUGCUGUCGUAAGUGAUGUUAGAUUUGAGAAGCGAGACUCCUGUAAUGUGGUCACCUCCUUGGCAUGCUGGCUGUGAAACCCACCCCAGAACUGCACUCGUCCCCCGCUCGGCUGUUCCCUGCGCUCGGGGGACAAAUCUCCUCAUCCUUCACUACUCUUUCAGGCAAUAUCAGUAUGCCGGCAGCAUUCUUGGAACAGGCAGAACCGCAGUUUCGCAUAUUGCUUUUUCUACCAGUUACUUUAUCUGGAAAGCUUUGUUAGUUUUCCAUUCUCUACCCUCCCGCCCCAUGCAGCCAGGAUUCUUCUAAAUAACAACUUUACAUGUACCUUAUCCUUUCAAAAAACUGUAAGUUUCUCAAACAUUAAUUUCCUGGUGAGAGGUAGUUUUUCUUUGUUUUCACUCUUAAGUCUUGAUCUGUUUCUUCCCUCCUUCUUCCCCAGCGUGUGGGGUUUCUGUAAGAAUGUUUUUUGGUACCUGUGACAAACCUGCUAACCGCACCAGCCCUUUAUUUGUUUAAAAACAGACCUGAAUUGGUAGAUUUCAGAAAAUGUUUGAUAUUUAACAUUUUUGUAUCAUGGAAAUUUAAAAGAUAUGUAUUUCCAUAAAAUGAAAAUUAAAGACAUUUUCUUAGGAA